AUGACACAGCCAUCCAAGGCAACUCUAAAACAAUUCUUGGACGCAUUUACAGAUAUAAGUGUCAUACCUGUAGCUCUGUCUUCCGCUCUUUUAACUUACUACGAAGCCAUUGCCAAUGAUCCUGAGCUUGCACGUACAGCAACCUUGAAAUGCAAGACCGUUCUCAAAGAGUACUCUAACUACAAUCCUGAAGUAGUAACUAGAUGUAGUCAAUUUCAGACCAUUCUAGAUGCUCCAAAAACCCCCCAAAACUUGAUAUUAGAACAUACCAACUUACAGACAGUUACAGACACACCAUUCAUAAGUUCUGCACAGCACAUGGCGAACUUGAUUGUUGAAGAAAUAGAUUUGGCGGAUUACAUAGAUGAUAACGAUAAUUAA